AUGAAGGUCCUCUCCCUCCUCGUCGCCGCCUCCGCGGCCUCAGCCCACACCAUCUUCGUCCAGCUCGAAGCCGGCGGCACCACCUACCCGGUCUCCUACGGAAUCCGGACCCCGUCCUACGAUGGUCCCAUCACCGACGUGACCUCCAACGACCUUGCCUGCAACGGCGGCCCCAACCCCACCACUCCCUCUGACAAGAUCAUCACCGUCAACGCCGGCAGCACCGUCAAGGCCAUCUGGAGACACACUCUCACUUCCGGCGCCGACGAUGUCAUGGACGCCAGCCACAAGGGUCCUACCCUUGCCUACCUCAAGAAGGUUGACGACGCCUUGACUGACACUGGUAUCGGCGGUGGAUGGUUCAAGAUUCAAGAAGACGGCUACAACAACGGCCAAUGGGGUACCAGCACCGUCAUCACCAACGGUGGUUUCCAGUACAUCGACAUCCCCGCCUGCAUCCCCUCAGGCCAAUACCUCCUCCGCGCCGAGAUGAUCGCCCUGCACGCCGCCUCUUCCACCGCCGGCGCCCAACUCUACAUGGAAUGCGCCCAAAUCAACAUCGUCGGCGGCACCGGCACCGCUCUCCCCUCCACCACCUACUCGAUCCCCGGCAUCUACAAGGCGACUGACCCCGGUCUGUUGGUCAACAUCUACUCCAUGAGCCCAAGCAGCACUUAUACCAUUCCUGGCCCGGCCAAGUUUACUUGCUCUGCAAACGGUGGUGGCGGUGGUGGUGGUUCUACUACUGCUAAGCCAGCUAGCAGCACCACCACCAGCAAGGCGGUGAUCACCAGCACGAGUACAACGUUGAAGACGAGCGUCGUUGCUCCUCAGCCUACUGGUGGUGGUGGUGGUGGUUGCACGGCUGCGCAGUGGGCGCAGUGCGGUGGGAUGGGAUUCUCGGGGUGCACUACUUGUGCGAGCCCGUAUACUUGCAAGAAGCAGAAUGAUUAUUAUUCGCAGUGCUCGUAAGGGGAAAUCUUGGGCAUGAUGGUGAGUGAGGAUGAGGUCGGUUGAGGUGAGAGGGGAUGGAUGGGAAGUGAGGGGUUGGUUGGUGGACUAUUUCUGAUGUACAUGAUUUUUUGUUUUUUGUUUUUGAGGAUGUGACUGAUCUGAUCAAGUUACGUACAUGUACAUAAGUAUAUAUGAAGAAAAAUGUCUGCAUAUAUUUACACAUGUCCGUAGCUGAUUGAUGAGUGGGAGCUUACUAUGGGACUGUAUGCACCAUGAAGGACAGGGAGCCUGAGUAUGAACAACUGAGACCUCAGGGUAUUCACGGCACGGAAAUGGAUGUUGAGGUUGUUAU